UUCUCUGUUGUCCUCAAAUCGAAAGAUACCUCAUACAACCACAAUCUACUCUCGCAGCUGAAGCAAACUCUCUUCCAAAGUUUUGUUGAUUCCAAGUUUCAACUGAGAUAGAUAGAAAAUAGAGCAAGAUGAACGAUUUGAUGACCAAAUCCUUUCUCAGCUAUGUGGAUCUGAAGAAAGAAGCCAUGAAAGAUCUGGAAGCCGGCAACCUCGACAUGGAGAUGGCAGCGACGGCGACCCAAAAUCAAAUAGACCAUAACCUCGCCCAGUUCUUGGAAGAGGCCGAGAUGGUGAAAAAGGAAAUCGGUUUCAUCAGAGACGUCCUUGGUCGGCUGCAGCAAGCCAACGAAGAGAGCAAGUGCCUCCACAAGCCGGAGGCCCUUAAAGCCCUACGCAUCCGGACCAACGCCGAUAUCGUGACCGUGCUUAAGAAGGCGAGGAGCAUAAAGUCUCAGCUCGAGGACAUGGACCGCGCCAACGCUGCCAAUAGGAGGCUCUCUGGCUACAGAGAAGGGACGCCGGUGGACCGCACAAGGACUUCGGUCACCAACGGGCUGCGGAAGAAGCUGAAGGAGCUGAUGAUGGACUUCCAGGAGCUGAGGCAGCGGAUGAUGGCGGAGUAUAAGGAGACGGUGGGCCGCCGGUAUUUCACGGUAACAGGAGAGUACCCGGAGGAAGAGGUGAUAGAGAAGAUUAUAUCAAGUGACGGAGGAACGGGAGGGGAGGAGCUGCUGCAGAGGGCGGUGCAGGAGCACGGGAGGGGGAAGGUUCUUGAGACGGUCUUGGAGAUACAAGACAGGCACGACGCGGCGCAGGAGAUUGAGAAGAGCCUGCUUGAGCUGCACCAGGUGUUCCUGGACAUGGCGGUGAUGGUGGAAGCUCAGGGGGAGCAGAUGGACGACAUCCAACACCAUGUCAUGAAUGCUGCUGAGUAUGUGAAGGGCGGGACGCGCGACCUCAGGACUGCCAAGAACUAUCAGAAGAGCAGCAGGAAGUGGAUGUGUGUGGGGUUGAUUCUGCUCCUGAUUCUCAUCCUAUUGGUCGUCAUCCCCAUCGCCACCAGUUUCAGUCAUUCCUAAAAGGCUAAAAAAUAAUCUUUAUUUUUAAGGCUGUUCUUUCUAUUGAUUUGUUUGUUUUUCUUUUUGGGGUGGGGGAGGGGGAGGCGUUUCUCCUGUUCCUUCAUUCAUUCUGACCUGUGUAUGAGCGUCAACUGUCCUUCUCUAUCUUUUGUUUGUGAAGUGAAUUACCAAAUUCGCUUUAAGUUCUGUCUCUUCCAGUUCAACCAAGGAAAAUUGAAAGUUUAUCAA